GUUUACAAACAUCCGGCUCACCCACGUGGUACGCGGUGACCUUGGCGACACGGGACCCCACGCUGCCAUGGCAACCAAACAGGAACAACACAAAAUUUUCACCGGUUUACUAGAUUGAGGUUGGCCAAAUGAUUGUAAAGUGUUUAAAUUUGCAUUAAAAUAGUGUCGAAAUGACAAAUAGAUUCAAAUUUAUUCACGAUACGGCAGUUGAAUUUUUCAACGCGUCCAACGCAGAAAACUCAGAAAUAAUUACCGACUUUCUGGAAAAUGACGACGUUACGAUUCUGGCCGCCGUGUCGUUGGAUGGCGAAGUCCUUUUCCAAAAUGCGGUCCCCGUGGAAGAGCAGUACUGCCUGCUGUUCUACAAGAUCCCCAACUUGGACUACCACAGUCCGGCGACGGCACCCAAGAUCGGCAUGCUAACCCUAGAGGGAGGCCUCGCCAAGUCCAUCUACAACUCGUUGCAGCGAGUUUUCUCUCCGUACAUAUUGAAAAAAUCCGAAUACUCGUCCGAAGUGAAGAACAUCCUGCAGAACCUACAUUCCAACCUGGGACUGUCGUUGGGACUGACCGAAUCCGGCAUUCUCUCGAUUCAGGAUGAAAUUGGGUUUUGGGUGCAAAAGACACGAACGCUGCCCACCAAAGCGGAUCGCGAAGCAGCGCGAUCAUUCGCUGAGAUACUGGAGAAGGUCAAUAGUAGCAUGAAGGACUCAACCGAGGGUAACUUGACCCAGCUAGACGACUUCAUAGACGUUUGUCAGUCCCAUCUGGAUGAGAUCUGGAGACUACCAAACCACUACCCGCAGAAUCGAAUGUGCAGCAUUUUCGAUCUUAUCUCCACCCACGUCGUCACUACGUGUACCGAAAACCUAAACGAACUGGACAUCUGGGAUACCGGAUCGAUUUUGCUGGAUGCAGCCAUCAACCAUGUCAAGGAAACGCUGGAAGCGUGGUAUCAAACCUUCGACAGUCUGACGCGCCUGUUCUGGCCCAACUACGAACAACACGCGUGGAUCGGAGACCCGUACAAGUCCAAACAGCUGGACAAGUUUCGCACGCGCUACACCGAGAUCCUGGAGAUCAAAAACUCCAAAGACUUGCUGUAUGCGCUGUUCUUCGACAGUGACGAAUACUUUAUCAACAUCAGUGACAUUGCCGAACCGUUCAAGGAAAUCAACAUCUACGACCUCACUCCGCUGGGCAACAAACGCUGGGAGGUCGCCAAGUCACGUAUGGAGGCAUCCCUCGCCAAGAUCGACGAGAAGAUUGUGGCCCUGUUGAAGCAACAGAUUCACGAAAGCGUCGGUAACCCACGCCAGGCAAUCCAUGUGUUCGAUCGCUACAAAGACAUCUUCAACCGACCGUACGUUCUGAAAACGCUAACGGUUGAGCGGGAGCAGCUCUUUCAGAGCAUUCCCACGAUCAUCCGUGAGCUCCGGGAGCUGCUGACCAAUGCGAACUACACCGAAGACGAUGUGACACCGAUAGUGUCGGAAACCCGUUGGUAUCGUGUUGUGGAGAAGCAAAUCGGACAGCUGGAAGCCGUUGCCUCGAAAAUUCUCCACGAUCGAGAUGGUUUCGAGAGAGCCCUCGGAAAGAUAACAGCGUUCCACGAAGAAAUUCAAGCAAUGAUCCAUGCCAACUUUGAAAGUUGGACCGAAAACUCGAAAAGCGCAAUCCGGGAUGGAGAGCUGAGUCUUCGGGAAAACCAACCGGUGGUGAUCUUCGACAAAGCUGAACGACAGCUGAUGAAGGUCACCUUUGGGCCGAAGAUCGUAACGUUCUGCGAUGAAGCACGCCACUUGCAGAACCUCGGUCUGAAACUGGAUCCAGAGAUUCAGAAGAGCAUAACACAUUCAACAAAGUUCAUUUCAUACGCGCGAAGGCUACAGCAGAUUGCGUUGUUUCACAACACAAUCGGCGAUCGGAUGAUCCCAUGUCAACGACCAAUCAUGCUGAAGAACGCCAUGGAGUUCGCAAACCUUGUCAAGAGUGAAUCCGUAUCUUGGAACGAUGAAGACUCCGUUGAGCGGUACAUAACCAGUCUGCAGGACGCCAUCAAGCGGCUAUCCAAGGACAACAAUGCGCUGACGGGUUAUCACGAGCAGGCAAAGAAGUCUGUACUGAAACUGAUGGACACCGAUCUGAUACGACAGAGCAACGUGUGGAAGGAGGAAAUGCGAACUCUCCGUGAGAUCAUCUUUAACCUCGAAAAGCAAGGCUACACCAACCUGAACCCUUUCAAAUUACACUGGGAUCACCAGCUGUACAAGGUGCUCGAGUACCAAUACGUCGCCGGAUUGCUGGAUGUCCACCAGAAACUCCCGGACAUCCACGUAGAUUUGGUGUUUCGCCAGCAGCAAAUUCAGUUCCGUCCAACCCUAGAGGAAGUCAAGUCCAAAUACUACUCACAACUUCGUCGAUUCAUCGAGAAACCGUUGGGUUUCAAAGGCCUGUCGGAGCAGAGCUCGGCCAUCUUCAAGGUGAUGAUCGAACGUAACGCUCAACACUUUUCCGUACUCUACGAAAGGGCCGAGAUAGUGUUCCGUGAGUUGAUCGAGUUUCGAGACAGCUGGACACCGUUCAUUGCCCUCGGUAUGACCGACAUGGAACAGCUGUGUACGGUACACUGCACUACCUGGCAGCACUGGGAUAACAACUUCCGGGCUUGCAAAAAGUUCAGCCAACAGAUCGCACGGAUUCAACAGUCUGAGAAGGAGAUCGACUGCCUGAUCGUCAAUUACGCUCCACUGUGCUCGGACGUCGAUGCCAUCAGCAGACGCUACUGGGAAGCGCUGUCUAACAGUCUGCGAACGUCCAUUUUGGACAGCAUUUCCGUACUGCAAGAAUAUUUGGCGUACUCGUUCCAAGUGCUGCAGAACAUCCCCCAGGACGAAUGGGGCAUCUCGGAGUCCAGUGCAAAGUACGAAAAAAUCGUGUGCGAUCUGCCCAAGAUGACCGAACUGAUGAAGUCACUGCAGGGAAAGGACAGCUGCCUGGCUGGAUGGUGCAAGGAACGUGUUUCAGCUCUUGGAGGUAUUCUGAUUCAGUGGAACCAACUGCAUCCGUUGAUCGAGAACCACCAGACGCUGCUGCAGGGUCGACUGGAUAUUAUUAAGGAAAAUAUUCUAAGGCAGAUCAACGAGCUUAACAAUGAAGCUGAAAAGUUUUCGAUCAGAUGGGAGUCAACUAUACGUGAUCUCGAGACCAAUGACAACGCGGACAUGACGUUGUUCCGGGAGCGCCAAGGUCAGUGGCAGACCAUCAUAAGUCAACGAGAAACCCUACGGAAGCAAACCGAAAAGUUCAACAUCAAAGUCCCCGAAAAUUACGACGAGAUAUUCACUAAACUUGAAGCGGAGAUCCGCGAUCAAGGCAAAAAUUGGGAAAUCUUCAACGAAUUUACCAACGACUACGACACCGUUGCCAACGAAGAGUGGACCAUCUACCGGCGUAGACCACACAUUUUAACCGACUUUCUAGCACGGUGGGAGAAAUCCCCAAAUCAGCCGCCAAGUGUCGCUAGCACUCGUAUCGUGUCCACGAUGGAACGCUAUCGAGCGUGCAUUCCAAUACUUAGCUCUCUUCAGUCGGAAGCCCUAAUCGAAAAGCACUGGGCCAAGAUCUGCCAACUAUUGAAAAUUGACUCCAAAUCCCAGCAUGAUCUGUGCUUGGGAGACGUUCUCGCCGUAUCGGAAAAUCUCCAACUUCAAGCGGCAGAAAUCCAAUCGAUCGUACGGCAAGCAGCAUCCGAGCACGUCAUUAGGCAAGCGAUCGUAGAGCUGGAACAGUGGAGUGCAACCGCAAUGCUUAAGCUCAUCGAACAUACCGAUUCGAAAGGUUCGGCAGUGGCGCUGAUCAAGGACUACACGGAAACUUUGAACAAGAUUGGCGACAACCAGUUUCUGUUGCAGUCGGCGAAGAAUUCCGCCUCGUUCGAGUCUUUCUCAGAUCAAGCAAACGUCUGGGAGGAAAAGUUGAACAACCUUGAGUACAUCAUAACCCAUUUGAAUCAGAUUCAGAAGAAGUGGAUCUACUUGCAGCCGAUAUUCGGUGCUGGAACGUUGAAAAAAGAGGAAGCCGUGUUCAAAAGCAUCGACAAGAACUUCCGCUACAUUAUGAAGGAAAUAGCAGAUGAUCCGAGGGUGGUGUCCGUGAACCGAAUCAACAACGUCCUAUCGAUCAUAGAAACACUACAGAGCCAAAUAUCUCGAUGUCAGAACGCACUGAGUUCAUACAUCACUACAAAGCGAAACGUAUUCUCCAGGUUUUACUUCUUAUCGGACGAUGAUCUGCUGGAAAUAUUGGGUCAGUCUUCGAAGGAAGCGAUCAUCCAGAAGCACAUACGGAAGCUGUUUCCUGGAAUAUUCAAGCUGACAAUACAAGACUCCCGGAUUGUUACGUUUUGGAGUGAGGAAGGUGACGAAGUAUCACUAACGAAUCCCAUAUCAAUCACACCACCGAUUGAAGAAUGGUUGAAUACAUUAGUCGCAGAGAUCAAAAUGACCUUGAAAGCCCUGAUCAAAAAGUGUCUAGAGUCCGAUGCGUUCGAUGAUCGCGUAAUCCGAGAUUUUCCUAUGCAGAUUAUCUGUUUGGUCAACUCAAUCCAUUUUACACGUCGCACGGAGAAAGCAAUCUCCGGAAUGCAACUAGCGGAUCUCAAGAGACACAUCCAGAGCGAGAUAAAUAGGUUUUCGACGCUGCUUCACAACAGUACCGACACGCUGACUCAGAUAAAACUACGAUCUCUGCUAAUAGAUUUGGUGUACCAAUCUACCACCGUGGACUACCUCAGUAACCACAACGUAACAAAUCUCCAAGACUGGUACUGGCUUCAGCAACUCAAGUUCUACAUCGAUCGCAAUGGGACCGUAAUAGUCAAGAUGGUCUACGCUGAGUUCGAAUACUCCUACGAAUUCCUCGGCAACUACAACAAACUGGUGUACACUUCACUGGCACACAACUGCUAUCUGAUCCUUACCCAAGCGAUGCAGCUCGGGUUGGGAGGUAAUCCGUUUGGGCCUGCUGGAACCGGUAAAACCGAGUGCGUCAAAUCUCUCGGAGCUAUGCUAGGCCGUCUGGUGUUGGUUUUCAACUGUGAUGAAAAAAUUGAUACCGCCGCAAUGGCGUUGAUCCUCUCCGGACUAGCACGUUCCGGCGCCUGGGGUUGUUUUGACGAGUUCAAUAGGCUUCAGGAAGCUACGCUCUCCGCAAUAUCCAUGCUGAUACAACCGCUGCAGGUUGCACUUAAAGACAAACAGCAAGAGGUCCAGUUGAACAACGCAACUAUACCGCUCAACAGCCAUUGCUGUGUAUUCGUUACGCUUAACCCCGCCGGAGAAGAGUACGGAGGUCGUCAACAACUUCCACUGAACCUGCAAGCACUGUUCCGUCCAAUAGCGAUGCAAGCCCCACGACCGCAACAAAUCGCUCGCGUUACCCUAUUUGUGGAAGGGUUUAAGCAUGCCGAUCAAAUCGGUGCGCAGAUCGUAGAGUUGUUUGAACUUGCCAACAAGAUGCUGUCCAAGCAGCGCCACUACGACUGGGGUUUGAGAGAGCUGAAAGCGAUCCUAUCUGCAUGCGGAUCGGCGCUAAAAGGAUCUCAGGACGAGUUGAGUUAUGAUCAGGAAGCCGGGCUAGCGGUGAACGUAAUCCGAUCCAACACCAUGUCUCGACUAACGCUAGCUGACUGUAGACGGUUCGAUAUUCUUCUUGGCAGCGUGUUCCCGAAAGUAGCGAUCGCAAGCGCUCACAAUGAAGAGUUGCGAUCAAAGGUGGUAGACGCUUUUUCAGUGCUAGGAUUUCAACAAAACAACAGACAGGUGGACAAGUGCUUGGAACUUGCCGCACAGCUGCAGAAGCGAAUGGGAGUUGUGGUCAUUGGACCACCAAGAUCUGGCAAAUCAACUAUAAUAGCAGUGCUGAAAGAGGCUCUUCUCACCCAAGGUAACACAAUCCGAGCGCACAUCAUCUCGCCGAAAUCCAUGAACCGCGUACAACUGCUGGGCAACCUCGAUCCGGACACCCGGCAGUGGACAGAUGGAGUACUGACGUCUACCGCAGUUGCAGUCAACGCAGAACCUAAAACGGUCACCUCGUGGAUAAUCUGCGACGGUGAUGUUGACCCGGAGUGGAUAGAGGCUCUGAAUUCGGUACUGGACGACAACCGACUGCUUACGUUGCCAUCCGGUUGGAGAAUUCAGUUCGGUAGCAACGUCAACUUUAUCUUUGAGACGCACGAUCUGUCGACGGCCUCACCAGCCACCAUUUCCCGCAUGGGAAUCAUAAACCUAAACGAAGAAGAUCUCCCCUAUCAGCUGAUCGUAAACGCAUGGCUGGCAAAGCAAGCCAACGCCGAUAUCCUGAAGUCUUACCUGGAGCAGCACUUCUUCAAAGCGAUUGACUGGAUCGAGGAACGUAAAUUUCGACCUGCUGGAUAUUCUCUUGUGAGUCUAGCUGAAUCUGCCUUACUUGCGAUCGAUGGUGUCAAAUGCAACGAGCAGUUCUGCACAGAUCUGCUGUGUGGACUCAACGGAGUUCUCAACAGUGAUGCAAAGAACAAACUCUCAAACCAGGUCUAUUCUUGGGCAGACAUCACCGUAACGGAUAGUUCAGUCGCAGAGUACCACUAUUUCAACAGCUUUCGAGACAUGAUCGAGCUGUACAGUACCGAUGAGAUCGCUGGGUCGUUCAUCAACGAAAACGUCUACACGAACGUACUGGUUAAGACUCCGCUAAUGAAGCUGAACGGAGAACUCUUGAAACAUAUAAUUGGAUCCAAGAAUCGCCAGGUAGCACUCCUUGCUGGUCCUAGCGGUAACGGUAAGAGCUUACUGCUGCAGACGAUCGUCGCCGAAUUCAACGGAUACCAGCUGGUGACCAUAAAUUGCAGUGCCCAGCUCAAGACAUCCAGCAUCCUCAAUACCCUGAAGCAAAACUCGCUGGUAUUGACAACGGUGAAGGGAAAAGAGUACCGACCCAAAUUUUCCCGGAUUGUACUUUACUUCAAAAACAUCGACCUGUGCUCGAUCGAUUCCUGGGGAACCUGCGAGGUCGUCGAACUACUACUACAGAUCAUCAACCGCAGCGGCUUCUACUCGGACACGCUCGAGUGGAUCAGCGUUUCCGGAAUUCAGAUCUGUGCAUCCCUCUCGGACCUAAGCAAGGUACAGAUAUCUCCCAGGUUCCUGUCCAUAAGUCACCUGGUGCGGAUCGGGUACCCGAACCAAACAGACAUGGAAAGUAUCGUCAAGAGCAUGAUACUACCAAUCUACAACCAGCUUGGAAAGACCCCUAUCAAACUAAAACUGAACGAUCUCGUACGGGCGAUCAUGAACAUCUACUUCGAAAUUCAGUCUCGGUUCAACCGCAGUGAAGUUCUGCACUAUCGAUUCACACCGAAAAUGAUCGAACGAUGGAUCAGUGGAAUUCUGCACUACCCUGAAGAGAAUUUUAGUCAAGCUCUGCGGUACGAGUGCAACCGGAUAUUCCGGGAUCGACUGGUGACCGAUGAUGAUCGGCAGGCGUUCGAUGAAAUUGUUAGGGACAACUUCCGAAUGCUGCUGGAGUCCGAUUCGAGUGCCGUGUUUGUUGCGAAGGAAGGUCAAAAGAAUUCCGAACUGCAACUGGUAGAUCGAGAGUACCUGAAGCAGAUGGUCAAUCAGACGAUCGAGAUGUGUAAUUCCGAAGUAAUCGUCGUAGACGUUCCCAUGUCGGAUACCUUCCUAAACCUCAUCGCUUCAACCGUUCGUGCUCUUUCCCGUCCUCAAACAAACCUAGUAAUCUGCGGAAAGAUCGGUUCCUUCCGCUUGGAAGUCAUCUACGUGGCCUGUUCCAUGCUGAACAUCAAGGUUGCUUUUCCGCAAACCUCCCGGAACUAUUCGCUGAUCGAUUUUAACAACGAUCUGAAAAUCGUCAUGCAAAACUGCGCCUUGGAAAACGAACCGGUCGUGUUUUAUAUUGACCACUCCGUUAUCGAAUAUCUUGGCGACAUUAUGAAAACUUGUGAAGCUAUCUUGGAAGGCGCCGAACUGACCGACUUCUUCGGUGACGACCUGGAGAAUUUGGCGAACCCGUUGAAGGCUCAAGCCGCUCUGGAAUCAUUCCAAAUGCCGCUGGCUACCUAUUUUCUGCAACGCUUGAGGAAUAACUUCCACUUGGUGAUACUGCUAGAACAUUCUUCGCCGAAAAUUCGAGAACUCUUUGAGAACUACUCGGCGCUGUACCACAAAUCGGAGAUGCUUUGGAUACUGGAAGAUAAAAUUACACCUUGUGCAAGUCUGACGAGAUACCUUGCGGACAUUGGCAAAGACCCGGUAGUACCACAGCCAACAUUCUUCAACGAUCUUCUUGAUGGCAACAUCAGCGAGUGGACCUACUCACCGAAGAGAAGAACGCUGCUGGUCCGCUCGUACCGUCAUAUCUACACCAACAACAAAUCCGACAAGCAACUCUACAAAGACAAGAUUCAGAUCGGCGUCGACAAGCUGUCGGAAACUCACAAAGUGGUCGAGAAGCUCAAGUUGGAAGCCGAAGAGAAGCAGAAAGCACUCGCGGAGAAGCGGAAGCUCGCCAACCAAUCACUCGAGAUGAUAUCCAGCACGAUGCGAGGAGCGAACGAUCAGAAAACGGAACUGCUGGAACUGCAACGGAAGACGCAGGAGAGUAGCGUCAAGCUCAUGGAGCGGAAGAAGGCUAUCGAAGAAGAACUCAGUCUGGUGGAACCGAUACUUCGCGAGGCGAGCGCUGCAGUCGGACAGAUCAAGACGGAAGCCCUGUCGGAGAUACGAUCGCUGCGAGCACCACCGGAAGCGGUUCGUGAUAUCCUGGAGGGUGUACUGCGGUUGAUGGGUAUCCGGGAUACGUCGUGGAACAGCAUGAAGACAUUCCUGGCGAAGCGUGGGGUUAAGGAGGACAUUCGGUCGCUGGAUCCGGUACGAAUCAGUCCGGAAAACUGCGCAUCCGUGGAGAAAUUGCUGCAAACGAAAGCAGAUUCGUACGAGCAGAAAAAUGCAAAGCGAGCUUCGGCGGCAGCUGCACCCCUAGCGGCAUGGGUAAUGGCGAACGUGAAAUAUUCGAAGGUAAUUCAGAGCAUCAAGCCGCUUGAGCGGGAACAAAUGGAGCUGCGGGAGAACUUGGAAAAGGCAGAAUCCGAGAUGAAAUCUCUAUCCAGUGGGUUGGAUAAUGUAAACGGCAAGGUUAAAGAGCUGUCGGAACAGUUGAAUAGCUACACGCAGGAAGCUGCCAUGUUGGAGAUCAAGCUGCAAGAUGCCAAGCAGACGCUACAUUCAGCGGAGGUGCUCGUACAGAGCUUGAGUUCUGAGUAUGUAAGCUGGAGUACGGAACUCGAGGAACUGAACGCAACAAUAGCCAACAUGGACAAGCGAAGCUUCCUGACAGCGUUCUGUAUAACGCACUUGUCGCAUCUAUCUCUAGAUCAACGAAAAAACGUACUGAACAAAAUUGCACAGUUGGUGCGCGAGGAACCAUUCGACCUUGACGAACUCAUCACCAAUCAGGACAAGAUCAUAUGGGAAAGCAUGGGACUGACAGCAGACCAGCAGUAUCGGGAGAAUGCAACCAUUUUGAAUCAAUUUUUGAUGCUACCGUUUGGCGUUACACCGGUCCCUCUACUAGUAGAUCCCACUGAGCUAGGUCAAAAGUGGCUAACGAGUUACCUUCAGUACCUGAACCGAACCUUCGAGCUAACGCACCAAUCUGCGGAACGAUUCGGCUACAUCUUGGAGCUAGCGAUUCGCUUCGGAAAGAUCCUGAUUGUCCGCAACGUCAACUCGAUCGAACCUCCACUGCUAUCCCUGUUCUUCACCCGCAUCCACAGUCGAUUCAACAAGCGUAUGGUUCAGGUCGGCAACAAGCUGAUCGACCUGCACGACGACUUCAAGCUGAUACUGGUAACGCAAAACGAACGCAUAAACCUGGGAGCGGAACUGCAAGCGCACUUUAUGAACCUGAUGUUCACCACAACGGUCGCUGGGCUGACGGAUGUUCUAACCGCGAGGUGGGUGCUGGCGAAGGAUCCGGAGGUCGAGAAGAAGCGUGUGGAUCUACUGCAGGAGGAGGGAAAGCUGAUGAAGGAAAAGCGGAGCUUGCAGAACAAGUUGCUACAGGAGUUGUCUUCGUCGUCUGGAGAUAUCUUGAAGAAUGAUCCGUUGCUGAAUACGCUGAACAGUAUCAAGGCCAGUGCAAGCUCGAUCGAGCAGUCUUUGGGUGAGUUUGUCGGAAUACGGGACCAACUGAUGGAGCACUACGAUCGCCGUAAGGAGUUGUGCAGGCUGGCCUCCAAGUUCUACAUGGGUAUCAAACGGUUCUACAGCAUCAACGUGGCCAAAUUUACGUCGAUAUUUUUGACGGUCAUCGAUAACGAGAAACACUCGAGUGUAGAGGAGCUGUACAAGCUGCUGAUCAGAAGAAUAUUUUCGCUGUUAAGUCGUAGCACGCCAAAGAACGAGCAGAUGAUCCUGGGAUUGAACAUCUGCAAGCAAGCAUUUUCGGAGCAGAUUCCCGAGAAGGAGUGGGAAUCGUUUGUGCUCAACUUUACCAAUGCAGAGCACACCCCGGAUCAGCAGAUUCCUUCCUGGGUUAAGCAGGAGUGCGUUCCGAAGCUGAUCGCUCUGAAGCAGCAACAUCCGGAAUUGUACGCUAAGCUGAACCUGGACAACGUCAACAACUGGGAGAAGUAUAUCGAAUCGAACGACGGGAUUGUCCCAGUUGGCGUCAGUGACUUCCAGUCUAUCCUGGUGGCACAAGUGCUUAGACCGGAUCUGCUGAUCCGAACGAUCACCCGCUCUGUUCAAAACAUCUUGGGUCUUAAAACUCUGUAUAGUACACGUCCCUCCGUCAAGGUCCUUUCCGACGAAAGUGCCUCUGAGGAACCACUUCUGCUGAUAACCGCCUCCGGCAUUGAUCCCUCGGACGAAAUACGAGAAUUCGCCAAGCAAACCAUUGGCCUUUCAAAGUACUCCGAGUUUGCCGUCAGCAAGGGUCAUGAACAGGAGGCACUUAAGCUGAUUACGGAAGCCGCAUCGGCCGGAGGCUGGGCCUGCAUCAAGAACAUCCACACCGUUCCGCACUGGCUACGGCAUCUGGACGAAGAACUCAAGCAGGCAACUCCGGCCGAAGGAUUCCGUCUAUGGCUGACGUCGGAAACCGAUCGCAACCUGUACGAAGUGUUUCUGAAGAAGUGCAACAAGGUUAUGUUCGAGCCACCGUCCGGACUAAAGUACAAGAUGAAGUUAUUGCUGGAACAGCACGGCGGAGCCGCGACUAAGAAGCGAGAUUACAAGUCGAUCAAGCUGUACGUGGGAUUGUUUCUGCUGCAUUCGAUUGUGCAGGAACGACGAUCGUACGUGCCGCAAGGUUGGAGCAAGUGGUACGACUUUUGCGAGUCCGAUCUGCGAACAGCGAUGCAGUUGAUUCGGUAUACGGAGGGAUCGAACACGCUCAAGAUUCACUGGCCACUGAUACAGGGUCUCUGCGAAAAGGUUGGCUACGGAGGUCGCAUCGACAACGAUAACGACUUUGAGAAGCUGGAGCUGUUGCUGCGGGAAUUCUUCGACGAGAAGAUCAUGACGAGCCGGUGGCAGCCGAUGUUCAUGAACGUUAGCUUUCCGAACUCGAAUCAUUUGGAGGACUACUUGAAGGUCGUCGAGCAGCUACCGGACACGGAUACGCCCAAUCUGUACGGAAUACCAGCAUCUACGAACGCUUCUAGGGAUGUCAUCUUUUGUAGGAAUACCUUGAAAGAGCUGCGUCAGAGCUACUUCAGUGGCGGAAGUGUUCAGAACUACGAGAAGCGGAUCAAACCGAUCAUCAAUCUCUGGAACAAGCUGAUGAACGCAACGAUCGCCACCCGCCUCGAUUCGGUCAUCGAUCGCAACCGGAACCGCCACGACCCGUGGAUGAUCUUCGUGCUCUCGGAACUAACUACCGUGCGCAACCUGUACGAAGCGAUCGACGGGUGUCUGCAAACGAUCAAGGGCUCACUCAAGGAGAUCGCGACCAUCUCCGGCAAAGAUCGCACCAUCCUGACGACCAUCUGCGACAACCAGGUGCCGCUGCAGUGGCGGAGGCUUUGGAGCGGGCCGAAGACGGUGAUCGAGUACCUGAAGGCGAUUGGGUUUAAAACGCGCGAAACGGAACUGCUGUACAACAAGGUCGCGGAGGAGAACCCGAUCGUGGAGGUGAACUUUAACAAUCUGUUCAACGUGGAGGCUUUUUUGACGACGCUCAAGAUGGUCAAGUCGCAGGAGCUGGGCGUGUCCACCACGGAGCUGAAGCUGUGUGCGUACUUUGACGAGCGGAAGCGGGAGAAGGCGGUUACGGUGGCGUCGCUGUUGAUCGACGGCGGUUGCCUAACGAACGGCAAGCUGGGAAUCCAGCACGGAACUCCGCAAUCUGGUUCCAACCUUACGGGACCGUUCAUUUUGGACUAUGCUGUGUCAACCGUGGAUCAAAAAUCGAGCGCCAAAAGGGAAGAUCGGUUCGAGAUUGCGCUGUACAACAACAUCUCCCGCGAUGCACUAAUCUGUCAGAUUGCAAUCGAAAUUGGACAAGGACUAAGUCGAGCGCAGCUCGUCGCAGCUGGAAUCGCGCUGAUCGUACCGGAAAGCUACUAAUUCGUUAGGGACAAUUUCUUUCACAAAACACCUAGUCACACCCCAGUUACGGUUUGUCUUACGAUUGUAUUUUUUAGUGAAUUAUUUACAAAGGUUUUUAAGCACCAUUAAACACUACUUUUGAACACA